GAGAGGUGAAAUAUUUCACCUUGGCAACUUUCUAAGACAUCAGAGAUUCCCGUGAUCUAUGCCCACGGACACUGUUACUCUCGUUCCUUUGAUGAAGGCUGCCAUUGGCAAAGAAGAGGUACCGCUGUGUCCUGGGACGUUCUAAACCUCUGAGGACUGUUUGGACGGACAUGGCGGACACGUUGAGGAGACUGACCAGCACCUCCUCGUUCAGCGUCUUACAGGACAAGCUGGAGAGCUGGCACAAAGAUUACCAUGUCAUUUCCUGUGACCAGAAUCUGAACAGAUGUUGUGAGCUGAUUGAAAUAACUGCCAAGAUCCAGGGCCAACUGUUUACUAUCCUCAACCUCACAGCUGUUGAGGGUGGACACUACGCUGGAGUGGACACUCUCAAAACACGCCUGCUGCCGUGGCUUGGUGCCUGCUUCUCGAUAUCGAAGCCCUCAUUCUCUGAUGACACCAGUCUACAGCUCAUCCAGGACUCAGUGGAAAAGGACAGGAGGAUCAGGGAGCUCUCUGCCUCUCAUGACAAUGACAUACAGAAGAUGGAGGCUCAGCUGUUCUCCACUCGCUUUCAGCUUGUCUCUGUCAGAGCACAACUGGUUGAUGCGCACAAGGACCUGGAUGAGACAAAGAGCCGAUCAGCAACUACUCUGCUGGCCACUGAAGAUGAAAUAUUGCAACUGAAAUCAGAUUUGCGAUCCGCACACGAGCAGGUGGAGAUUUACAAAAGGAAGCUGGAGGCUCUUGAAGGUGAUAAUCGUCAGAUUCGCUUGCUGAGAGAUGAAGUAUCCUACCUGAGCACGGAGAAGGCCGUGCUACAGGAGAGGCUGGUGAGAAGUCGUUCUCCGAGCCCUUUGCCCAGACUCAGCCGCUCCUCCAGCCCCGUGAGGAGUGAGUCACCCACCAGAGCCCAGCUCACCAACUCCUCCCGCCACGCACGCCACGUGUCUCACUUUAGUGACCUGUAUGCUGUGGAGCGUCUGGAGGCCCAGAGCCUACUUCGACGCUACAUCUCGGAUUUAGAGAUGGUCCAGAAAAUCAUCUUCAUUGCUGUAGUGGAAUCCUUCAAGACAGCAAAACUAGCUUUCCGGCAGUUCAAGCAGCGUGUAAGAAAGACCUUGUCCCAUUCACACUUUGGACCAGAAAGUCUGGAAGACGCAGCCGUGGACUACAUUGUCAGAAACGUGGACCUCUACGAUGUACAGGACAGCGUCAAUGGCGUGAUCAACGCCAUGAAUGUGAAUCCACGCAUUUCCUUCCCGCCAGAAGUGGACUUUGUCCUCAUUAGUCCAUUGAUCAGGGAGAUGUGCAGGGUGGCCUUCGCCAUGCAGACUCUGGACCCCCCGCUUGACUUGGCCUUCGCCAGCGAUGGAGAAUUUUACAGCGACAUUAGGUACCGCCGAAGCUAUGACUCUGAGUUCACUGCUCCUCUGGUGAUGUACCACGUGUGGCCAGCCUUGAUGGAAGGAAACUCCGUCAUAGUGAAGGGCGAGGCAGUGACCAGAAGAGGUGCUCCGUGGAGUAGAAGCCAGAACCAGAGCAGGAGCACCAGCCCUGUGCGCUCUCGCUCCCUCAGCCCAACUCGCAGUCUCGCAUUUAACAGCAGAAGGAGCCUGUCACCUGAUCGUCUCACAGCCAGCCGCCUGUGAACUCUCCCUCGACAGGACCGGAGUCCACACCUUCAUGUCGGACAUAUUCCAAAUUCUGUUUCAUCCGUGUGGUAACGCCUACGUCUGACUCCACUAAAUACAGCCAUUUAAAUCUCAGACACUGUGCUGGACCAACCAAAGGCUGUGUGGAGUUGACAUGGUCAGAGGCAGUCUUAUUGGAUACUGACACUAACAUGAGGCCAGUACACUGUAGAUCAGGUAAAAGAUGAUGGCAGCUAAAUUAACUAUUGUCUAGAGUUUAUUAUAUUCAAUGUGUGACUAUAGUUUAUUGAUAGAAAGAGUGUUUUUUAGUCUUAGUGAGAAAUUUAAAGCAGGUUUUUUAUGAGGAAGUCUCGACCUGCACAGUAACACGUUCGCAGUCUACUAGUGAACCAUAGCACCACAAUGCAUAGAGCAUGUGACGUGUAAGAUUCUUUUUCUUUUCUACAUAGCAGAAUACUUUGGGUUUACAGCAGGACAUACAGUAUGGUGCUAAUGAUCUGUGCUAACUUCAACUCCUCCAGUACUCUAUGGACAUAGCUCUUUGUAGUCCCCCCCCCCCUUAUAUUUUGGUGCUGUUACAUAAUAUUAAGUUCUGAUAUGUGACAUGGUGCCUCCAUAGCAGCGUGUUUGUAAUCUGAAUAAUUUCCCCAAAUAGUUUCCGAUGUGAAUUUUCCAUUUAGUAGAAUAUGAUUAGUUAUUUGCAGCGAUGUCUAAAUGCAUUCAAUAUGACAUUCUAUUUAUUUCUCCUAGUUUACAUCCCAUGUAUUGUGUAUAUAUAUAUAUAUCACCAGGUACAUUCACAUAACUGAUACUUCUGUACUUGAUUUGCCUGUUAUCACUUGACUUUACAAACCAUAGUAGAUUAUACAUUUUGAUUGAACGUGUGGUGUGUGAUGAGUAUAUUCUUUGACUGUGAUUGUUAUAAUUUUUUUAAUCAAUGACAAAAUGUUCAGUUAACUGCA